AUGGCGCAAACACAGCCGCAGCAGUUCUCCCAGUCUUUCUCCCCUCCGGGGUCCUCUCCCUCUCCGGGAGCAGCUUCCCCGGUGAAUGGUGGCGUCCCUCCACAGGUCAAACGGCAACACCUCUCACCUCUCCCGCAAUCACCUUACGCUUCACCGAGCUUUGGAACGUUACAACUACCUCAAAACCAACCGAUGCCUGUAAAUGGCGCGAAUUUGAACGGCGCGGGUCAACAAACACCACAAACACCCGCUCCCCCACCUGCAGGCACAAUGGGACCACCUUCCCGACCGGUAGAGAAAGCGACAGAUGCCGCAGAGCUCACAGAUGUCCUGGCUUCGUCUGGUAUCGAUGUUAGAGAGGAAGAAGCGUUUCUUACCAGCAGUUACUCAGCUCCGGGGACCCAGGCACAGCAGCCUCCAAGACCUCAACAACCUCUCCCACAACAACAGCCACAACCUCCGCUGAAUACAUCCUUUACAUCACAAGCUUCCACAAUAUCAACACAGCCUAGCUUCACAGAACCCUCACCAUACAAACCGCCAGCAACUCAGGAGUCAUUCUAUUCUGAGCCACCAGCACCAGCCCCUGCCCCGUUCAAAGAUCCCAACGAACCAACGCGAGAGGAUACCGAAGCAGCUAGACGUGCCCAGUACCACCUACAAGAGCCAUUCUUACUGACGAAAGUUUUGGAGCAAAAACUGCAACGACGUGGCUUUGAGCUUGGGGUUCGUAUACCAGCUGAAGGCUUAUUUCAUCCGGUACCAGGCCGUCCGCAACCCAUCGAAGUUACCGGGCCCGACGGAUCAUCUGUUGUACAGCGACUGCGGGGCGUUAUUGACUACUCUUCUACACUUGCACGAAGCCGACGCGCCCACUCACAUGGAGUUGUCCCUAUUGAAUACAAGGACAUGGCUGUUUCGGCUGGUGUGCCUAACGGGGCCGGGGCAGGUGACAAAACACCACUCAAACGACCUCAUUCGGCGACCGAGCAGCCUACAGCUAAAUCACUAGCUGAAAAAUAUCGUGCGCUAAUGGAAAGGGACAACUCUAGUGAAGAAAGCCGAGCCGCCAAACGCGCCAAGCGCAGUGCGAAUGCUAUCCUAGGCGAAGGCGGACCGGUGAGGGCCGAAUCCGUAGAUAUACCUGGCUCCGGUGCCUCCACGCCGAUCCCAGAAAAAGCCCCGAGUAUCGAUAAAAAGGGAAUAUCUAAGAAGGAGGCUAGGAAGCUCAUGGACGCGAAGGCAAGCGAGGCCCAGCAACACCAGCAGUCUGUGGAAACCGCACGACUCGCCACCAAUAGUAUGCUCUCGGGCCGUAUGUUUGGAACCAAAAAGUCCUACUCGUGGUUGAAUCGGGGGGCGCCAGCCACCAGCAGUGGCUUUUCUACACCAUCACGUGUCAGUACCGCGACUCCAAGCGGGACUAGUUCUGAGAAACCUGGCCGUGAACCAGCCGUCGUGCCCGCGAAACGACUGGGAAUGUGGCGGGAGGACAAAGACAAGGGCUCGGGGGUUCAGGUCCGCGACAUCUUAUUCAUGCUCGAACUGGAUGGCAGAGGUUCCCGGCACGUACAGAAAGCGUAUUCGAAGGAUCUGAAGGAAGACCGAAUAGACUGA